UAAAAAUCACUUAGAUUAUAAUUUGUUGCAUUAAAAAAAAUUGUCUGCAACCCAAAAUUUUGACUUUUUUGAGUCUUUUGUCAUAAUUGUGACAGUAAACUGCUUGUUUAUACUUCAAUCACAUUUUAACUGCACAUAAUCCUGAUUGGUGUUUGUUUUAAUCAAUGUACAAAAAGGUAUUACACGGCAUUACUUCUGUUCAUAGUCAUGGCAUCUAGACAGAGAGAUAUAAUAACUCUUAUUGAACAGUUACAAAAAGGCUUAGAUAGCGCUGUUUCUGGAUUAUCAAAGAAGACUGAAGCUCGUAGAAGCUCAGACACAAUUCCUGGGACAUCUGGCGAUGUUAGAAAUGAGAAUGAUGGUAAGAUGACUCCUGUAGCACGGGCAAUAACAACCAAAAGACUAUAUGAUGCUACAGAGCAGCAUCAAUCAGAUUUAAAAAGACCAAGAAGAAUGUCUAUUAAUAACUCGGAAUUGAGAUUUAGAUGCAGUUACUGCUCUGCGAGAUUCCCUUCUCUUACAAUGGUGAGAGACCAUACCAGAGCAUGCCACAGAGACGAAAAUGAAUGGAGGAGAGAAAAAAAAUCAAAUCGCAAUAGUACUAAACUUAAUAGUACAACUGUAGUAGGUAACAGUACAACGGGAUCAAAGUUAAACCAACUAGAGAGGAAAUCAACAUUUCUGUUUAGAUGCAAGGCUUGCAAAUUUGCUAGCGUAUCUUAUAGCCACAUGAUUGAACAUUGCCAAUAUCAUGUAGUCACAUCUGAAAAUCCAGAGGCUUUUGUCUCUAGAAACUCUACAAGAAAAUGCGUAAUAUCUAAUGAAGAAUAUGAUGUUGAUUUUGACACAUACAAUGAAUGUAAAUGUGGUUCGGAUUAUGCUUAUAAAUUAAUAAAUUGCGAUUAUAAUCUAUUGAAACAGGACAAGUGGCCAGGAAUCGUGGAUAACUUAACAAAGCCAGAGAUAGACAUGAUAAACUGUAAUAGUAUAUAUUAUUUCACACGGAUUGUUCGCUUGACAUCUCAGAAAAUGGCUUCAUCUGCCCCAUUUAUGGUGUUCCAAUGCGAGAAAUGUCUGAAGCAUAUUGAUCCUCAUUCCGUAUUGGCACAUGUCGUAGAAAACUCGUGCAAUAAAGAGCUUCCUGAAUACCCUUGUUAUGAGUGCAAGAGACCAUUUCUUAACGAGAAUACCAUGUAUCUGCAUUACAAGAUGCAUCAAGCUGCAGUCAGUUCCAAUAUGAAUUUCAGGACGGUUUUUUUCAAUCAUAAAGAUGAUGAUUUCUUUAAUGCACUUUUACUAAAAGCAGCUGGAGUUAUCAUGCAAAAUGCAUCAAGUAGAAAAAAAAGUGCACAAGCAAAGCUAUCUGAUGAUGCAAAGGCUCAAAUUCAAGUAAAAACCAGCCCACAAGCUAAAGAUGUUCAAAAAGUGACUGAAGUUACCUCACAAAAUGUGCCUAAUUGGUCAAAAUUAGCACAAUCAAGAUCUGAUAUAACAAAGACACAAAUCCUGUUUUUAAAUAACAGCACCCCAGUAAAGGAUGUUCAGAAAACUACUGAGCUUACCCCUGUAUCAAGCGGAUCACAACUACAGAGGUCACUAACAUCUGGUGCUGCAAAGAGUGCAAAAGAACCAAUUCAACUGAAAAUUGUCCUUGAAAGAAUUGAUGCUAGAUCACUCAUUAUCCCAGGAACAACAACAGGUACUCAAAACAAAACUGUGUCUGAAAUCACCAGUAAUAUUGCAAAAGACACAGAUAAACCAACUACAGUUUAUAAAUGUCAAUGUGAAUUAUCCUUCCACAAAUUGGAAUGUCUAUUCAGACAUCUCGGAAAAUGCCCUUCAGAUAAAACAGCUAGAAUAUCUUGUGUUUGUGGAUUAGUUUUUGAUGAACAACAAUAUCAACUCCAUUAUGGUAUACAUAGCCAAGGUUUAACUAAAUUGAAUGUCAAAAGAAUUAUUAUGUUUGAUGAAAAAAUAAUAGGCCUUAAUAACAAAAUAAAUGAAAAAGAAAAGAGAGAAUUAGACUACAAUCAACUUUGUAAAAAAGCUAUUUCGGAACUUAUAGAUACAAUAAAAAAUAUAGCUUCAAGUUUGCCAGAUAUUAGAGAGAUCAAAACGGAGGUAAGGGAAGAAAUAAUUGCAGAACCUGAAACACGGUCUGUUGGUUCAGGAGAUGGUUUAAUUACCGUAGCUUUUAAAUCUCAAGGAACAAUGACUGAAAGGGAAAUACAAGCAAAACAAGCAGAAAAAAAGUCAGUUGCGACAGACACAGAUGAUUUAAAUAUAUCAGUGCCAGGAGUACAAACUGUUCAUGAGGUGAACAAUAAACUUUGUAAUAGAAAACAAGCUUUUGAUGCUAAAUCAGUGGGUUCAGGGGUAGAUAAUUCAAAUAAAUCUGUCAUGACAUCUCAAGGAACAAUCUCUAGAACAGCGGCACUAACUAUUCUUGAAGUAAAGAAAGAAUUGGGUAAUACAAAACAAGCUACUGAAACAAAGUCAGUUGAUUCAGUAUCAGACGAUUUAAAUAUAUCAGUUAUGAAAUCUCAAGGUAAAUUUGCUGUUGUAUCAGAAAUACAAACUGCUUAUGAGGCAAAUAUAGACAAAAAUAAUAUAAAAGAAGAUGUUAAAACGAUGUUAGUUGGUUCAGAAGCUGGUGAUAUAAAUAUAUCACUUUUGAAAUCUCAAACUAUUGAUAUGAUGACUAACACAGAAGCACAACCUAAAGUAACAAAAAUAUCAAGCAGUAGUUUUGAAUUAGAUCUUUCGUGUGCAAGAGAAGAAGAUGGUAGAUUAGUAGUUGACGUGAACAAUAAAUUUAAGAAACCAAAUCAAUUCAAUUGUGGUGCAGAUAAAAUAGACAAGUAUUAUAUGUCCAUUCUCAAAACUAUAAUAGAAGCAAAGACGAAAGAAAGUGUUACGGAUAAAACCAAAGCUCAUCAUAGUACUGAAUCCACUAGAAAUAUUAGUGAGAAAAAUAUAAAUAUUAGUGAGACAAAACUAGAAGAUCACAAUGAAACAGUGACUAAAGUUGAUCAAACACAAAAGUCACUCGACAUGAAUCAAGGGAAAAACGCGUUCGAAACACAGGCUGAAAAAAACAAGGAAUAUGAUAAAAAUAUUGAAACAAUAGAAUCUGAUAAAAAUAAAGAUGUGGUUGAAACUAAAGGUAGUACUAGUAGGAUUUACACUGAAGAUGAACUGCUGAACGGGCCUGAUAAUCCUGAAAUGUCUGUUUACUUUGAUGCUGAAGAAUCACUGUUGACUGAUGAUGAAGGUCCGAUACUACUUUAUGAAGAUGAUGAUAUUAUUGAAGAUCAGAGAUGUGAAAAAUACUUUAUAAAAAGUAUUUAAAUACAAAAUACAAAUACUUCCUUGAUAAUACUAUUUCAAAUGCAAAAUACAAAAUAGUUUUUGAAUUUGUAUUUAAAUACAAAAUACGAAAUAGGUAUUUUCAAAAUACUUUUUUAAAAUACAAAUACUUUGCGAUAAAAGGUACUCUGGGUAGUGAAUACCUAGUCUGAAUUAAAAAGUAUUACUCGGAAUUUCCGAGUUGAAAAGACUCUCUUUAUUCUUUGAAAUCAAUCCUCUAUCUAAAGUGCAAAUUUCUAGUUGUUUGCUCAUAUGGGCCAUUCUAUUUAAAUUUGCCCCUACACUUUUUCUCAAAAUUGGGAUUUCUUAUGUUAUUUCUACUCAGAAUCAUGAGCUCUUUUGAUCCUAAUAGGAGAAAAAAAGUGUCCCAAAAUUUCCAUACAUUUUUCGAUCUUUCCAUUCCGAAACCGCCAUACAAAGUGUAUGAAAAAAUGGUAACAGAAUGGGAAAAAAACCUUGGGACACUUUUUUUCUCCUAUAAGGAUAGAAAGAGCUCGUGAUUCUGAGUAGAAAAGACAUAAAAAAUCUCAAUUUUGAAAAAAAAAUGUAGGGGACAACUUUAAAUAAAUUGGCCCAUAUUAACCUAGGUAUGGAUGAUGGUUUUUAACAGCCAACUUUUAAAGCAUUAAUUUGUAAUGUUUUACAGCCAAUUAGCCAAUUUAAUGCCUCUCGUUAGUGUGAUGAAAACGUCUCGUUUGUGUUUCACCAGGGCAGAAAAGUUUGUUCUCUUCUCGUGCCUUGAAACCCUCGCAACACUCAAGAUUCCACUUUUUUAACCACUCGCUACGCUUGUGGUCAUGUGCGACGUUACUAAACAGAUUCAACAGUUCCAUGUUAAAAGAAUGAGAGAGUUGCCAGGAUUGUCACAUCAGAAGAUAUUGUAACUCCUACCUACAUUACCUACCUACUAUAAAGUAUUUUGUAUUUUGAAAAUAGAAAAUAGGUCCCAAAAACUAUUUCAAAUAAAAUACAAAAUAGUUUUCUUCAAAAGGUAUUUAAAUACAAAAUAGGUAUUUUGUAUUUGCAUUUUAACCCUUAAUCAAAUAUUGGGAAAUUAUUUCCCACUUCAUUCUAAUUUACGAAAUAUUUUUUAUCUUUUUAAAGGCAGCACUCAGCGAUACCAACCAUACAGAUUUAAAAUCUUAGUAACAUUUUGAAUUUGAAAAAUGGCAACACUUUUCUAAUGGCCGCCAUUUGUGACCAUACGUCAAAGUCAAUGUCAGAUGUUGUGAUUUUUUUUGCAAUAACGACAAUUUUUUUAGUGUUUUGAGGUUAAGUGCCAAAAAAAAUCUUUUAAGUGCAUACACUGAAUACUAUCAUAAACUAGACUUAUUUUCCCUGUGUUUUGCUUGAAAAGAAUUGUGAUAACGAUAUGAUUUAGCCAAGAUUUUAAGGUUUUAGUAAGUGGGUAAUUAUUUCCCAUUGUUUGUUCCUGAACGUACGAUUUACAAAAAAAUUGGUAGGUUUUAUCAAGUGGGAAAUUAUUUCCCAGUGUUUGUUCUCCACCUAAAUUUUAAUUGGUUUCCAUAAAUAAAAAUAUAUGCCCGUUCGCCUGUAACACAAACAAAUCUGUGCCUGUUUUUGUUUUCUUUUUACUUUUAUUUAUUUCUUUGAUUUUUGAAGAUAACGUUAAAGGACUAUACUUGAAUUCCAAGCAAAGCCGGGGGGAGGUACUAACUAGUAAAAAGUUCGUAACCGUAUCGGACAAUGGGAAACUAUUUCCCACUUCAUUCAAGAUUUUGCUAUUCCGUAACGGAUAAUGGGAAAUUAUUUCCCACCGCUAAACCCCCCUUUCUCCCCCACUAAAAUUCUUUUUAUAUAUUUUUUCGUAAUCUACGCACCCAAAUUACCAAAAAACCAUUCUUAGUUUUCAAAAAUCUCAUAAAAAGUGUUCCGUUUGAUUAAGGGUUAAAUACAAGUAUUUCAAGUAAGUCAUAUCUCUGUAGAAGAUUAAAUAAAACCAAGAGUAGGUAUACAUGUAAAUAAAUUACUUCUAAUUUCUUUUUGGCAGAUGAUUUUUGUAUGUAAAGAUGUGCCGUCGGAAUGUUUCCAAAAUUACGAAAUUUUCACAUGAAAAUUUUGGAUUGUUUUCUUUAUUUAAAAUGGGGCUCAAAUUUUUACAUUUCCAGAAUGAAAGUUUCCUUUAUUUCCUGUGGAAAUUUCUGAGAAUUUUUCCAACUUUGUGGAAAGUUACUCUAUUUGCACAUCUGUAUUUAUUUGUUGUUUUAAGACCAGUCCAGACGAGAACAAUUUUUCGCCAAUCUGAUUAAAUUGUCUUAUCAAAUCAGGUGGUGAGCUGGUGAGGACCCAAACGCCAAUUUGGAUUGCCUAUUUCGACCGCCGAUUAUGGCCGAUAUUACCGAUAAAAUGGGGGUGCGGACGCAAGAAAAGAAUACCAAAUUGUAACAAUAGUACUUAUUAGUGGUAGCAUUUUUUUUAACCCUAUGCUGCCGCCAUCUAUAAAAAUCUUUUACAGUUGCCAACCCCGUUGCACAUCAUAUUACAAACUGGGAUCCACUCGGCCACCAUUGCUGUAGAAUGAAAUAGCAAUAUCACUUGCUCCAUCUAACGCAUAAAUGCGUCCCUUGGAGUGGCCGGCGUUGGCCCAUCGUGUAGAGGAGCCAUGAGAAGGUUAUAUGGACAUAUUACAUAAAAAGCUAGUCAUUUUGAUAACUACUAGGAUAAUAAUCUCAUAUCACAUCAGACACAUGUAAUGUUUACUCAUAGUUUUACUUCUGUAAAUUAUGUUAAUUAGGGAUUUUCGGGGGAUUUUUAUUUUUUUAAUAACCAUUAUUAUUUUAGUGUAUGGAAUGAUGUAUCUAUUAAUUAUGAAUACUUAUUACCUAUUAUUAAAUUAUUUACAAACA